GGUAUACAAAUAUUAGGGUAACAUAACAAUAUAUUUUAAGAUGUGGUCUUAAAGUUUUGCAAGUGUACUUACACCCUCCAUUAAAAAAAUAUCGCAGCAAACAAAUUUUGUACUCGAAAAAGUAUCGAUAUACUAAUACUAUUUUCAACGCAAAAGUGCGAAACAUUUAAUUUUUAGAAACAUAAGAUUUCAAGAUCUACUAUAAGUUUAAGAUGGCGAGCACUUCCCGCGCAGCUAGAAGCCAGAACGCAAAUCUUUCGCAGGCGACUCAACCCAUUUGCGAAGUGGACGACAGGGUGCGCGCUAUUUUAAACUACAUCCUGGAUCACAUUGCGCAAAAAAUUCCCAUCAAGGACAAGGACUUGGUUCCGCCAGCUGGCGACAAGAACGAGCUGAAGAAACGACUGCCGCUGGUCACUGAACUGCUGGCCAAGCGUUUCGGCAUACUGCUUACUCCAUUGGAUGCGACGUCCAAAACGUUCAUUUGCAUUGCUGAGGAGCCGGUGGCCUCCAUCCAUGAACUGACCCCGGCACAGCGACCCCAGUUUACGCUGUUGUACAUAAUUCUCAUGUACAUCUUCCUGCGUGGCAACCGCAUCGAGGACUCGAAACUGUACGCCAUGCUGGAGAUGAUGAAUAUCCAUGCGGACGAGGAGCACGGCUACUUCGGUGCCAAUGUGCGCAAGCAGAUAGAGGAGACGUUUGUAAAACAGCAGUACCUGAAACGCGAACGCUCCCAGUUAAACGCCUAUGACGACCCCAAGACCUUCUUCCUUUGGGGACCUCGCGCCAAGGCAGAGAUUUCGUUCGAGCAGGUCGUUCAAUUUGCGUCCAAGCUACUCAAUCAGCAUCCAAACAUAUUUGACCACCACCUGAAAAUGGCCCAAGAGGGAACAAAUGCGGAGCUGUAGGAAUUUAAAUAUGUUGUUAAACUGAUGUUGCUUUUCAUCUUUCAGUUUUAGACUUUCUUAUUAAAACAAGAAGACAACUUCUGCUUAUUUGUAAACAAAAUAUUUUAGGUAAAGUACAGAGGACUUUAAGGGUCCAUUAUAAAAAAGUAAACACGUGAAUACUAAUAUUAAAAACAAUGUAAACUUGGUUUGUUUAAUAUUGAAGCACUACCCCGCAGAAAAAUGUACUUUCUAUUUUGUAGUGUCGACUUUUUCUAUUUAUUAAAAAACUAUACUUUACAAGGAAAA